ACGUAUGGGUAUUGCAGCCCUUUCGGAGAUGUAGGAACCGCUAAAUAUGAGGAGGAGGAAGAGAAGAAGUACGGUACAGUGAACUUCCGUGGCUGCUUCCCGCUGCAUGGACGCGUGCUACUUUAGUGUUACUGCUAUCUGCAUAGCCAUCCGAAGUUCUAGAUUCGAGCCAAUGGCAAGUUGGUAAUCGAGAGUCUUCAUUCCAUUAUUCACAUUCCCAUGCAUCUUACAAGUCUAGUUAAUGGAUCGAAGUUCUAUUCGAGUGCAUGUAUAAAUCUUGUAUGAAUCGCGAAUUGGACAAUCAUGUGCAAGAAAACAAACAGAAUGCAUAGCUCCGUAGUGCAAUAGCUUGUGCACCACCUUGUUCUCAUUCAACCAGCAUUUCGAUUUCCGAAUCAGUGUCCGCACACAGUUGUCCGAAAGUACGGUUUUACACUCCUUGCCUUCUUCAGCUGUGAUUGGCGAAUGUCAUGGACACGAGCAAUUGGAUCCUGCCGCGGAGACCGUUCCAUAAUGCAAGACAGCGCCGUUGUCGUGCGCUGCCGUUGGGAAGCGUAUUGUCCAUAUUGCCAUUCAAUUUGACACCUCUACUUCAGAUCGACACCAUUUUUGUUAGGAAGGUACGACGUAAACCACUUUACGGACAGCUCGUUGCCACAAGGCCGAGGCUCCAUUUCGUUUCUUCAUUUGUUAUGUAAAUCACACAGCUGUUCUGCUGCGAAAGUCCUUCUUAUGGGGAAGAAUGGAUUGCUGUCAUCAAAGAGUUCUUUCAGGUACUGUUGUGUACUGUCCGGGAUAUGGUCAACAGUUUCUUGUUAGUUCUCUUCGUGUCGUUUAGUUAGUGAUGAUGUUCAGUUAGUUACGGUUGGAGUCUUGGGAGUCCGGCUGGUAAGAGUGGAAGUGUCCGCUUCCCAUGACUUCCCUUCACUGUGUGUCCUUUUCCCACCUCCUUUGUCUCUUCAGGAGCUUAGUAGUGUAGUUUAGGGUGCAAUGGCGAGUCGAGGUCCUCGAGCGCGCUACUACCCGGGCGCAAACUCCCUUACUCUUUUCAGCGCGCAGGGAAGCAAUCCUCUCGAAGACUGUAAAGUGUACGGUAAAGGCGUUCAGAAGGUUUAUGACCGAUCGGUGAAGGGCUAUGUCUAUAGUAUCAGUGGUGGGCUUCAGUCGAAACUGCAACUACCGAAACUUGAUAGCAAAGCAGGACUUCAGCUGCUGCAUCACUUCUUGGUGUUCCAAGUCUACGUGCCAUCUGGGCAGCAUUUCUCUGUUGAGCUAAGGGUAAGCGAUACAAAUUACACAAGGAGAAAGAUGUAUUUCUCAACGUCCUUUAGUGAUAUCAAAGCUACUCCGCUGCACUGUCAGAUACCUAUUUCCAUGGUCAUCCGCAAUAAAUGGCUUAGUCUGGCAUUUCAUGUUGCAGAUCUCUUCAACAGCUGUUUCAGGGGUGGGGUGAGUUUCCGGUCAAUUGACAUUAUUGUCCUGGGUCCAGUCUGUAAGCUCCGAAAGAUUUUCACAAUGAGAUGUCGUAUAACAGAAACAUCCCCUCAUGGUUAUUUGGAGGAAGUUAGCGAAGAUUGCUUGCCACAAGAGCAUCUAUAUGCCGUCGGCGUGGACUCUUGCGUUCAGAUACUGGACAUGGCAUCACUUCAGUCAGCAGUGCUUCAAAACGCUGAGUCAAAUGUUGAAGAUUCACGCCCAGGGCUCGGUCCUGAAUCUGGACUAAGUGCACGAAAGGGCGCACACAGCAAGAUAGACCACGCUCGCAUUGUGCAUGUAGCGUUUGGAACGAGGAUGCCGCUACCGUUGUCAACCGUUCAGAUCAACACCAGCCUUCCUCAUGAUAACAUAUGUCCACCUUAUCCCAAGGAGCGGAAUGGAAGACAGCUGCCUAUUGAAUCGAUAUUCUGUGAGCCGAAGCCUGUUGCGAACAUGGUAUCCCGUGCAUUGAGUGCUGCAACCCAUCAUGAAACUGAAGGACUACGGAGGAAAGUAGACAGUGUGCUUCUAGAAUACAAGACAAGGGGAAGUAGAGCAGGCCAUGCCAGUUGCGCUGCCCCUUCUGUUGAGGAAAAAGAUCCCGCCAAUUCUCCACGAACAGGAACUAUGGAGGCAGAUUCAGCCAACCAUGACGCUAACUCUCUAUCAGCAAUGGAGCCACUUCCUGAACUUCCUCCAAACUGUACCACAUCAACCGAGACCCCACUUGGAAAUGACUCAACACAGAAGAGACCCGGCAAGGGGCACGGAGCGAAGAAAAGGGAGUCACAAACGUCCUUACCGGCGAAACAACCGCGAAAGGAAUCUCAAACGAGAAGUAAAGAGUACAAACCCUCAAGAUACAUGGACUCGCCUCCUGGAAGCCCACCUUGUGGCUGGGAUAGUAUGAACGGAGGAAAUAAAACGGAAGACAGAGCUUUUAACGCCCACUUUCUUGAGGGAUCUUGGAUAAAUAAUCAAACAAGUGAGCCUGUAGAAUCAGGUAAACACCAUUGCCUGUCGGAUGGCCUCAAAGAGAAAAUCUUGCUCUCAAAGUCUCGAUGUCAAAUCGCACGACUUGAUAAACAGGAAAUGACUCGUGCGAUCAAUUCAGAAAGGCUGAAGCCUACGAGUGACCGUGACUAUCGCCAGAUUGCAAGUCCGCGGGGCCGUGACGCUUCCAAUAAUGUUAACACGGACCCCAUGUUUGGGGUGACAGUGAAUGGGAGUGAUUACCACAAAAAUCUCAAAAUACCCGAUCUCAACAAACAUGGUGAACGUAGUGGAGGUCAAAGACGGUCUUCAGACGGUCGUGGGGAGGACUUAGGUGUUCCGCUCUUUAUGUUUCGAGGAGACUCACCUGCUGCUGAGAUGCCUGGAUGGGAGCCUCACUCAGAGUCUGAUCUUUUGGAGCUGCCGGAAAAAGACAGUAAGCAAGAAGACAAGCUUUUGUUUGAUCCACAAGACGAACUACUCUUCGAGAAGCUUCUCCUGGAGAGCAAAAAGGAUGUGCACAGUUCAGACACAUUCAUGAAUGAGAAGAUUACUAAGUCGCUGAGUAAGGGUGCGGCAGAUUCGUUGGACUUUGAGAGCGAAUCUGAUAAAGUCAGAGAUGCUCUGGACUUCUCUUUCGAAGAGGCAUUGCUCAAGAUGAAGGCAAAUAGGACAAGCGAGAGCUUUGUCUUAGAGCCGGUCAGAAGCGCCUUUGAGAUUGAUCCGUUGCAAAGCAAAAGAUCAUGGCAAAUAUCCGCUGAUACCCCCGUGGCCAACCUUCCGACAGGGCAAGCAACGAGUCAGGAGGAUGAGGUCGCAGGACUUGUUGUGAACAAGGGUAGACCGGACGAGGAUCUUGAUCUUUUGUACGAUCCAACAUUGGAUUGUUACUACGAUCCCAAGACCAAUCGUUAUUAUGAGCUUAAGUAAAGCUUUGAUAUAAAAUAUAAUGAAAUAUGGGGUAGAAAGUUCAUCAGUUACUGCAUGUCAUGGUCUUCUCUGCCUGCAAAGGGCCGACUAAUCAUGAGGUAUGCCUGACUUAGCGAUAUGCUAGUUCUGGAGGCAGAGGAGAAUGAAAGUUGAACAUAUCCCGACGUCCAAUUGGACCUCGUUGACAAUGUGUUCAUGGUAGGUGGUGGGAGAAUACUUCCGAAAGUGCUGAGUUACCUACCACUCUUACCGAAGACGCUCAAAGAUGACUGUCAUAGAUGAGCAGAAAGCCCAAUUGAAAUGAUCUCUGUCGUGCGAAGAGGUUACCAGCUCCAUUGCUUGCAGAACGUUAUGAAUGAAAUAACCCUUAGCGAGAAAUUUAGCUCCCCGUAGACGUAAGCGAAGGCAGCUCGUAGGAACCGUCUUGUGAAAGGCGAAAGUUUCUAGAUGAUGUACAGUUUGUAAUCUGAAAGUGACAUGUCCGCAGCCUGAGUCAAAGCAGGUGAAGAACGUCCAGAGCCAUCAUGAAAUUACUGUCUUAUGCCUGUAAUGUAUAGCAUAGAUAUUCUAGUUUUCAAUGCCUGGAUACCAAAACUUAACUUGGAGGAGUUAUAACAAAUGUAAAAUUGAUGUUGGAUUCUAUUGAUUUGAAUUUGUCCAUCUUUCAACCAU